AUGACGCUCAAAGGCAUCCUCAUCGUCGCCUACCUCGACCUCCUCAUGCCCCUCGCCGUCUUCCUCAACGUCUACCUCUACUUCUACCCCCUCGAGGGCGACACCACAAUCCGCCGCUACGCAAGCCAGCACAAGCCCGGCGACCCCCUCCUCAGCUACCUAGACCCGCAGCACCUCUCCCGCGACUUCCACCGCUACCGCAAGAUCAUCGACCUCUGGGGAAAUGACCUCUACCUCUCUCACAUCUACAAGACCAUGCGCCGCCAGCUGGACCCUACACACACCGUGGUGCUCGGCGACCUGAUCGGCAGCCAGUGGAUUGGAGACGAGGAGUUCAAGCGCCGCGGCGACCGCUUCUGGGAGGUCUUUUCAGGCGGGAACAAGGUCAACGCUUCGGACCUCGAGGCCGGGAAUGCAGACAGCGAGCACUGGAAGUACAAAGUCAUCACGCUGCCGGGAAACCACGACAUUGGCUAUGCAGGCGACAUGAACCGCGGCCGCGUCGACCGCUUCGUGGACAUGUUUGGCCCCAUCAACUACGACCUCACGGUCACGCCGCCGCACGACAGCGGGGAUGCCGCCCCAUCAUUGAAGCUAGUUGUCCUCAACAGCAUGACGCUCGACGAACCCAUUCUCGACCCCACCCUCCGCGACGACUCCUACGCCCUCAUCAACCGCAUCGAAUCCAGCACCGCCGAAAACACCAACCCCAAGGAGGCCACCGUCCUCCUCACCCACCUCCCCUUCCACAAGCAGUCCGGCGUCUGCGUCGACGCCCCCUUCUUCACAUACUUCCCCGCCGGCCAGGGCGGCGGCAUCAAGGAGCAGAACCACCUCAGCGCCGAGACCAGCUCGCGCGUGCUCAGCUCCUUCUUUGGCGCGCCCGAGCACGGGAAGCAGGCGGGGAUCAUACUCACGGGGCACGACCACGAGGGGUGUGAUGUGCGCCAUGCGCGGCUGGAGGAGGGCUGGAAUGCGACGAGGUGGGAGCACCUGCCGACGGGGGUCGAGAAGAAGAGGUUGCAGGAGGCGGAGGCGGCGAAGGGCGGCGUGAGGGAGGUUACGGUGCAGAGUAUGAUGGGGGGUUAUGGCGGGAAUGCUGGGCUGGUUAGUGCCUGGUGGGAUGAGAAGGCGCAGUCAUGGCGGUUCGAAUACUCGACCUGUGCGCUAGGAACACAGUAUGUCUGGUGGGGCGUGCAUGUGGUUGACAUUAUCUGUGCGGUCGCCGGGUUCCUCCUAUAUUCGGCGCAUCAGAGGGAUGCGGCGCGGAACGUGAGGAAGGCCGCGGCGGUGCAGGAGAUGCUGGAUGCGCAGAAGAAGACGGCGUAG